AUUACCGUUAAAUCAUUCCGCAUGAUGAUUGAACACGAGGUUCUCUCCACAUACCAAAAUUAAAACAGGAAAUAAAUUUCCAUCCAGCUAUUAGAGAAAACUCGGACUUGUACUACAACUGUCAAGCAUUUAAGCGUCAAAUUCAUGCCAUGUCAUUUAGGCAAUUAGGACUAAACUACUAGGAAUUCAUGGGUAACAAUAUUGUCAUCAACGACUCCAUUGUUGUUCAAAUUCGCAAAUAAUGCGGAAUGAAUGUUUCUGCUGCCGUCCUGCUUCGACUCGGCUGAGAGAGCGCAAAGAUGUUUGUGAUGGCGCUACCGUGGCUUCUGGUGCUGGAGCUGGUUUUAUACGCGGGCUGCUUCAUCUGCGGGAUCAUCGCUGCGGCCUCGCUGACAAUCAAUCAGGGUCACUUUGCAGGGAGAUGCAUCCUCUAUGGCAGUGUCCACCUGAACGCCUCCGACCAGAGCCUGGUCAUGGAGAGCUCUAGCUCACCGUCGCUCUGCUACUUCGUGUCGGCCAUCUCCGUGUGCGUGUCAAUCUACUGCUUCUCCCUCAUCCUCUACUGGAUGUAUACCAGCUGUGUGGACAAGGACGCAAACAGGGAUAGGUCUGGGUUGAACAUGACUCUGGUGUUGUGUGGGGCGGUGGUGUUUUUCCUGCUGGUGUCGGGGUGUGUGUUGCGUAUUGGCCGAGAGCACCUGUGUAUCUCCAUCCUGCAGACACUGCCCUCCCUCUCCAGCUGCGAGGAAGCGGAGAAUAAGACCUGGGCGAGCCCCUACUUUGGGAAUCAGUUCUCCUCAGAACUCCACAGAGCUGAGGUCUGUCAUGACGCUACACAACUACACCAGUUGAUCACUAUAACACAACUACACCAGUUGAUCACUACAACACAACUACACCAGUUGAUCACUAUAACACAACUACACCAGUUGAUCACUACAACACAACUACACCAGUUGAUCACUCUAACACCAGUGGAUCACUAUAAACACAACUACACCAGUGGAUCACUAUAACACAACUACACCAGUUGUAUUAAAUAUAAUUUUAGAUGAAUAGUGACAAUUCUACAAACAGAUGGUGAAACUACUAGAUGAACAGUAGCAGUUUGGGGAGAGGGGUGGGCCUACUGUAUAAAAAGUAUCUAACUGGUUAAUAUUUUAGUGAACAUUCACUUUAAAAAAGACAUCCUAACACUCAACUUAUCAUAUGAAAUAUACUAUUAAUACUGUAAAUUAGAACAUUGAAAUUUGACCUUGAGGAGUUAACAUAUGGAGGGAGUAGUAGUAGCUGUCCUUGGCUUUUCUGGUGGCCUGUCUGUCAAACAGGUAUCUAUGUGAUGAAAGGAUUUGUGGACUUCCGUUGUCUGUUUUUUUUC